AUGCACUUAGAACGCGAGAUUGAUGGCAAGUUGGUCAAAGUCGAAUGGCAACUUACGAGCCCUUUCGACCCAACAGCUGACGUGGAGGGUGAAGAGGGCGGCCAAGAAUAUGAAGCCACAGACUUCUGCAUCACCUUGGAGAACAAGAGUGGUGCUGGCGUGUCCUUCUACUGCAGCACACAGACCGGUGAGGACCACCGCUACGCGUGUUGCUCAGGAGAUGCACAGUUCGCUGUUUUGUAA